GUGGAAAGAGGGGGGACAUUUCGGUAAGGGUGAGGGAGCUGUGAGAUUUUUUUUUCACUGAAGCUGAUCUGGCUGUAGACAGAGGAGAGAUCAGUCGCAGAGGGCAGGAUGGUGCUGAACACAAUGCGUCCCUAUACGGAGCUCUCCCUGGUGCUGAAGCUGCUCUUGGCUCUACUACUCUGCGUCCUCCCAGCUCGGGGACAGAAUGACACAGAACCUAUAGUCCUAGAAGGAAAAUGCUUAGUCGUGUGCGACUCCAACCCUACCACUGACACCAAAGGAUCUUCAUCUUCUCCUCUUGGGAUCUCUGUGAGAGCUGCUAACUCCAAGGUUGCCUUUUCAGCUGUUCGGAGCACCAAUCAUGAGCCCUCCGAAAUGAGCAACAAAACUAGGAUUAUCUAUUUUGACCAGAUCUUAGUAAAUGUCGGGAACUUUUUCACUCUGGAAUCAGUGUUUGUUGCCCCAAGGAAAGGCAUUUACAGCUUCAGCUUUCAUGUCAUAAAAGUUUAUCAGAGUCAGACUAUACAGGUAAACCUGAUGCUUAAUGGAAAACCAGUCAUUUCAGCAUUUGCUGGGGACAAAGACGUGACUCGUGAAGCAGCCACAAAUAGCGUCCUUCUGUAUUUGGAUAAGGAAGACAAGGUUUAUCUGAAACUGGAGAAAGGUAAUUUAGUCGGUGGCUGGCAAUACUCAACCUUCUCUGGCUUUUUGGUGUUUCCCCUGUGAGAUCUCCAAAACCGGCCCAAGUUAAGGACACUGGACACAACUUAGACUCUGUUCUCUGGAGAUCAUAUUUGUCAUCAAUGGAUCGUUGUUUAUUGGUUUCUCAUAGGUGAUUAUGGAUAAUACGUUACGGCGUUCAGUCCUCUCACUGAAGUGCAAUGACAUUUCCACAGAAAAACAAAAAAUAUUUUGUGUGUUUGAAGUAUAUUUGGAUUAAACCUGAGAAUAAAUCGUAUCUAUAUCUAUAUGCCAAUGUUACAUUUUAAAAGAUGCCUGCAAGAUUUAUUCAGAUUUUAUUUAUGGGAAAUGCUGUUGACGGGUCAAAGGAGACAAUGAAUUCCCGGGACAAAAAAAGGGACACAAAAUUGUAAUGUUUAGCCAUUUCCCCCUGCAGUCUACAAUCAUCUGUUUUCUGUAGCUGAUUUUAGUCUUUAGUAGUCUGGUAUCGUUUUGUUUGGCGAUCAUUAUUGUAUCCCACGGGGAGGCAUUACUAAACAAAUGAAUGGAUAGACAUUUUUUGGUCUCAUUUACUGGAUGCAUUAUGUCUUAAGUCAUUUUCCCGGCAGUGGCGCAUUCCAGUUGGUGGAGAUAUCCGAAGAAUUUGUACGUUUUAACAGAUAGAUCAUAACGUUAAAAAAAAAAAAAAAAAAAAGGGGAAGAAAAAUGGUUAGCAUAUUUGAAGCGAUUUAUCUUGCAAAGCUGUGCACAAUAGCAAAGCCCUGCAGGAUGGCGCACUCCUAAUCCUCCACCUUAAUUAGCAUGAUUGAUAAUACACAUUUCAUUUGAUACCUGGGGAUGUUUUCUGAAGGCAGAAGCACUUCAUUAGCUCGAGUCCCGAUGUUGAGAAUUUAACUAUUGCACAUACACCAUCAGUUUGAUGCCUUAAAUUUCUAAAAUGUGUAAUGUGGAUCUGUUGGAAAGGAACUGUUCUACCCAAGGAGAUAUUAUUCCACCGGGGACAGGGGGUGGGCAGGGAGAUUGGGGAAUUCAUGGAACAGCAUUCUGACGAUACCUGUCGGUGUCAGUGUAACAUAAUAAAGGUUGAAAUG